UUACUCCAAGUGAGCGCUGAGGGAGAGCGAGCGAGAGAGAGAGAGAAAGAGAGAGAGAGAAAGAGAGAGAGAGAGCUAGGUGUCUCGUGCGGAUUUCACUGUCACACACAAGGCGCGCGGAGGACUUCGCAAUUAAAACCGCGUUUUGUUUUGUAUGUAUUUUGUCCGAUUUGCGCAGGGAAAAAAAGAGAGAAGUGCCCCCGGAGAGAGAGAGAAGAGAGCCGCGGGGGGAGGAAUAACCAAAACGCAACACGUAUCCGGUGGGAUCCCACUCCUGAGAGAGAGAAGCGGCAGGAGUUGGAGCGGAGGGUGCAAGGAAAGCGAGAGGGAGAAAGAAGAAGAAGAAGAAGAAGAAGAGGGGGAAAGAUUUGACAUUUCGCUCGUAACAACGCGUUUUUAAUUAAUACAGAGGAAUAAUGAGGAACGUUUGGAUAAUUUUGACCCUCGGGCUGACCGUCUUCCUCUCCGGGGAAACGAUAGCAGAAGCAGCCAAGACUUCCUCUCAGACUGAUGACUUGUACCUGGAUGACACAGGCUCAGGAGGAUACUACCCUGAAGAUGAUGACGACUUUAACUCAGGGUCUGGCUCAGGUGGAGGUGAAGAAGUGAUUGAGGAAACAGUGACUGUCAGUGUGGUUUAUAUCGAGCCCAAUGCAGCAGAACCCACCCAGGACUCCACCAAAGAUUUCACCCCAAGGGUGGAGACAGCCACGGUCAGAGAAAAGGCCGGGGACAGCACACCCAGGAAACCACUCAGAACAGAGGCACCAGUGCCAGUUACAGAGGACAUGCAAAGGAACCAGAUGACUAGUACAACUAGUGCCCCCGGCUCACCCCAGGAGGCCAUCGAGGUCCGCACUGAAAACCUCUUCCAAAGGACAGAGGUGUUGGCAGCUGUUAUUGCAGGUGGUGUGAUCGGCUUCCUGUUCGCCAUCUUCCUCAUCCUCCUCCUGGUCUACCGCAUGAGGAAGAAGGAUGAGGGCAGCUAUGACCUGGGAGAGAGGAAGCCCUCCGGCGCAGCCUAUCAGAAGGCCCCAACCAAGGAGUUUUAUGCAUAAAAGUUGGCCCCUCCCCGUCAUCAGAACGACAAAUCGCGAGUGACUGUCAGAAACAGUCCAUGGCAACAGCGAACCUGUUCAAACACAACAAGAAACAACUUGAUUUAAGGAAAAAUAGCAUAAAGGAAAGCUUUUGCAUAGAGUAUUGUAAUUAAGACCUUUUCUUUUCUUUCUUCUUUUUUUUUUUUUAAAAAUGAAAACCAAGCAUUUCUCAUUUUAUGGCGAAUCUCAGUGUAUUUAAACAUUUUGUGUAUUAUUUGAAAAGGCUGAAAAAAUAAAAAUAGGAUCUGUAAAGGCGAGGAAAUUAAUCGCGUCUGUCUUCUGUCAAAGGAGCUGUUUUUAGUCGCUGACUACUUUUAACUGUAGCAGUAUGUUAUUUGUAAAGAAAAAAAAAUUUAAAGUGGAAAUAAUUGAAUAUAAUUAUUCUGUAUCAAUCCUACUUUCAUUUUUUUCUUUUUCUUUUGUCCUAGCAUGUCUGAUGUUGAUCUCUAAAGGUGUAUUACAUUAAUUUAUCUUUUCUCUGAUGUUAAAAAAAAUGCCUUUGUAGUUUUGAUGAAGCUCUUUGGUCUUCAUAUUAACGCUGUUAAUGGUCAAUGUAAAUGUUCUCCCUUCAGGUUACAAUGUUUAUUAUUUGCUCUCAUCAGUUUUUUUAGUCAAGCGUGAGCGUAUCAUUAUGUCUUGUUUAUUUGUUUGUUCUCUCCUCGGUGUAGCCUUUUUUUUUUUUUUUUUUUUUUUUUUUUUUUUCUCGACAGCAUUUUAUUUUCACACCAGGUCUUUAAAAGAUAAAAAUAAGUGUGUCAGGGCUCAAGAAAAAUCACAAAUCUCACUUCUGUUUUAUGUCUCGCUGAACUUCUUUUCUAUUUAAAUGCAUUCUCGUUCACAUUGCACAAUCACUGCUUUUGCUUCCCAGUGCUGUCCUGCAGCUUUGUGUGUAUGUACAAAGUGUUUUGGGGUGAAUUUUCUUCUCCAUGGCUUGUGGUGUUUUUGGCCCGAAGCCACCUCCCUCCCCGAUGCGUCCCCUGAGUUUACUGACUGCACCCAAACUCUGCUAGCACCCCUCUCUGUUUACCCUAACCUCCCUCAAUCCCACCUUCUUUUUAAUCAGAUUGGAGCACGGCCAGUCGAGUUGUCAACCCCCAACUACCCCCACCUCCCCCCCACUCACUCUCUUUCUCAGCUGCAUGGAGCCACCCGGGUAGCCUGGUGUUAUUGUCCGAGUCCCAGUGUUGAUGCUUUUAGGCCCAAAGAUCUGCUCACUGAAGGCCUGCUACUGCUUGGACGCAAAUAAAACCAGGCCAGGACUGAUUCCCCACAUGUAGAGCACAUACCUCUGCAGCAAACCCCACAAGAACCCCCCGCCCCGAAACCCAGUUUCUCUCAGAGGGACUGAUAAAUAAGGCUGCACAGAAAAUGUAAGACUCCAGUGUUAUGUCUGAAUAGUCUUUGACAAGACACUCACGUUGAGGGCUAUUCAUGUUUCUUUAGCAGUCAGGCGCAGGCAUUUCAAAAGAGCCUCUGUUGAGAGAUGAGGUUGUUUACCAGGUUUAAAACCUCCACAAGGUGUUUUGUUUUGAUGCCAUUUUGCAUCCCCCAAUUGAGUUAAACCGAAUAAAAGGCCACAAAAUAGCUGUUACAAAAUAGCCACGUAGCUACAUCAAAUAAAAACAAGUUACUGUCUUCUCCUUUUUUUUUUUUCUAACAUUACAUUAACUUGCUCUGAAGAGACACGUUUGUCCGGCAGGUUUGUGAAGUUGCCUUUUUCAGCUGUACAGUAAUGUGAAGUAGAUACAGUAGAUGCUGUCACAUUGUCUAAACUCCUAACACCACCCACACAGAGCUGUUCAUCCCUCUACCUCUUAUCCCUCGUGUUUCAGUCUGUCUAGGAUCCUUUUGGUUGUCCACUUCCAUCCUCUUUACCCCCGUCUCUUGUUGUCCGUUCUCGUCAUAGAACUUAAGGUACUGAACUAUACUGAAAAACCCAAAGACUCACAGUAUUUCUACUCCCACCAUCCUCUCAUACCCCACCCCCUCCACCAUGGCCACAUCAUGUUGUUUCCUCAUUCUCUUUUUCUUCACUCUUUUGUUGUUUUUUUUCUUUCUAUUAGAGACCUGACCUUUGAGUCCAAUUGCUUAUUAGUAUAUGAAAAGAUAUAUAAAUAUAUAUAAAUGUAUAUUCACAAAUGUUUUAAACCUUCAAAGUGCCUACCAUUUGGAAAUGUACUUGCUCGAGGUGAGCAUGUGGCAGGUGUGUACACACAGGAGGGGUGUAAACGACUUGACUGGCAUUCUGUGAGCAUGGAUGACUGUAAUGGUAACUUUUUUUUAGUCUUACAAAAGCUGACAGUAUUGUACCUAUAAGUUGAAACAACACUACUGAAUAAACAUUGUGGCCUAAUA